AGACAUCAAUCAAUAUUGAAUGCGUGAUAAAUGCCUCGAGGUUAUGAUCGGUCAGCAUCCGGCUUCCUCAGAUACAGAUAUUAUAAGCUUCGGAGCGGGCCUCGUCCUCGAGACUGGGAUCAAAAGUUGGCGGGGUCCCUCUUCUCCAUAGAGGCAGGAAAGCUAGCGAAACGUUGGUGGAGGAGGAGGAGAAUUGAUCACGGGUCUCGCGCCACAGCGCAUGCGAUGCUAACGAGAAAGAGCAGAUCGGGGCUAUGGCGAAUGAGAACUGGGGCGCUGAGUGGGGAGCGGAUGGUGGGAGGGGAGAGGGGAGAUGGGUGCAGGGCAGGCCCGGGCAGCGGAGGGAAGGGGAGGGGAGAGGAGACGAGCAGCGCGAGGCCCAUGGACAUGUGAUGGCAAUUGGCCCGAUAGGCACGGCACCAUAGCAGCAGCCAUGGGGACCACCCGUGGCGCGUAUGGAGCGAUAUUCGUGCGUGAAAGGCCUGCACAAGGGCUCCCUCCAGACAGGCGGAAAACAUCGGCCAGCAGCCCAGGCCCGGCCCGACAAUCAGAGAGAGGGCGAGGGGGGCGGAAAACGAGAGGAGUGGGCGAGAGAGAGAGAGAGACAUGGGCGAGCUGGGACUGGGAACGAAACCAUGUAGCGAAAUAGUGCUCGGGUACGGUCAUGGCCGAGGAGAGGAACGCAGUGCUGGGAAUGAUGAGCGGACGUGCGGCGACGGAUCCCAAUUUGGGCUAGCUCUGGUUGUAGUAGGAUAGCACGAUGGCUGCGAAAUCUCUGAUUCCCGGGACGAAGGAGUCUGCUACUUGCUGCCACUCUUGCUGACGGACCCUAUAUCUGUUUCCCAGCGAAAUUCCUCUGGUGAUCGCACCUGGUUGAAUCGGGACUAUUCUUCGGCCUGAGAAACUUGAGCUGAGGAGACGUCUGGAUCUUCGACAGCGCAGUUCAGAGCUCGUCACAUGUAUGAUGAAGAGCUCAUCCGAGGCCAAUGAGCACAGUGCGAUUGCGGUGGGCGUGAGUGCACGUCGUGUGCUGCAUCUAUCUGUCCGUCGCAGCUGCGAGUGAGAGCAGGAGGUAAAUUCCUAGGCCGAUCGCUGGCCGAUUGACCCACAGCUGACUCCUGGCCGCGAUCAUGAUUGCAAAUCCGAGUUGACCCAGAAAGUCUUGGGCCCGAAUGUGAGUAACUGUCUGGCUCAAUGAUCCGGGGAUCGGAAAUCUUGAGAGAUCUCCCAUGAGUUACAAGUGCCCCCGGGAUGUAUAAAGCUUACCUUUUUCUGAUGGAAUCGUAUAAUUGUAGGCGAGAGGUGAGGGAGAGGGAGAGUGAGAGAGCGGUGAGAGAGGUAGAUCGGUGAUUGGUGCGGGGAGGGAGAAGCAAGACGGGUUCACGAGGCAGAAGUGAACCUCCACUCCUCGUGCAUUUGGUGUAAUGUAAUCUGCUGUCACUAUGACUUUUAAUAAUAAUAACUUGGACUCACAACGAUAACGUUUUAUAAUUGCCGAGAUUGAGGGAGGAGAGAGAGAAGAGAGUCUGUUGUUCUUGCAGCUGCUGCUCGUUGCUUGCCUGCACAAGUUUUCGUGGGAACUACGCACGAUCCAGGUGGGCCAGGGCUCCCUGCUUGCUUGUUUGCAUGCGUGCCUGCCUGUUUGCUGCCACUCAAUUUGCGAGCGGUUGCAGUGGUUUUCGAAGAGCGAUCAGUAAUCUAUAGGAUUGAAUCAUUGAGAAGAGUGGUGUGUCAAGAGGGAGGUAGGGAGGGCGGGACGAGGGAGAGAGAUGUGCGAGGCCUCUCUUGCCGCCUGCCCACCUGCCUGCGCAUCCUUCUUCUCCACGGAAGAAUCUUCACUCGGACGCAGCAGCAGGAGCGGCGGGAGAGCUCUCCUUCUUCGAUCGACCUGCUCCGCUUGCACCCUCGCCCCGGGGGCUCAUUCCCUCGCGGAGCUCCUCUAGCUGGCUCCGAAAUUCGCAGAUCGAAAUCCAGUCCUCCGGGACCAGCCACAGCUGGGAAUGUGAAUGGGAAUGGCCGCCUGAAUGGGAAUCAGAUCGCCAAUCUUCUCACCAUUCUCUAGCAGCAGCAGCUGAGCUGACACCAGUCAGGGUACCCCGGGACUCGAUUCCGGGCAAUUGCGCGAUCGAGCUCCAGAACAGCUCACGGAUCCAGGGGGUCGGUCGGGGAAUGGUUCCAGCGUCGGGCGCGCAUCGAAGCUAAGGAUCGAGGAAGGAUUCACAGGUGCAGGUCGAUCGACGGACUGACAGGGCAGGGGCAGGGGGAGGGAUUGUGGAUGUGAUGAAGCACUCGACGCCACGCCGGGGAGGGGCGGGCAAGGGAUUCAUGGCGCAUAUGGAGGAGAAGAAGAAGCUGGUGGUGGUGAUCGCGGCGUUUCUGACGAGCGCAGCCAUCGUCCUGCUGCUGAAUGGGCUGCGCGAGCACGCCAUCGCGGACUUGGUGCAGAACCUGCGCACCUCGGCGCUUGGCGGCGCGCCGGAGGAGCAGGUUGCGCCGGCGUGGGCCAACUUCUCGAACAUCUACGUGCCGCCGGGCGCCGGCUACAGCAGCACCUUGCACCAGCUGCUGCAGGCGAACGGCACGACUGCGUGCCACAACCAGAGCACCAACUUCACGCGCCUCGAGGGCCUACCACGGUCGAAGAAGGGCAAGGUGCUGCUGAAGACGAACACGCGGUACCAGUUCUCGCUCGUGGCCUACACGGCGGACGGCAAGCGGCGGUGCGCGGGCGGCGACUACUACGAGGUGGAUCUGCACAACGAGCGCUACCGCGCGCGGCUGCCGACCACGGACUUCGACAACGGCACCUACGGGCUGGAGCUGGAGGUGCCGGCGCGGUGGGCCGGCGUGUUCAGCCUGGAGAUCUGGCUGCUGUUCGGCAACUGGCACGGCAUGGACAUCUUCGGCGAGCAGUACGCCGUGCUGCAGGUGGUGACGGCGCAGGAGCUGCACGUGAUUCUGCCGCAGGCGCAGCUGCUGGACGCGACGUUCCAGCGCAACAUGACGCGGUGCGCGGCGCAGGACUUCACGCGGCCGCACUGGUCGGGGCGCUGGACGCGCGGCUGGUUCAACGAGGCCUGCGAGGCCGACGAGGAGAAGCGGUUCCGGUGCCUGCCGGGCGAGCACUUCGGGUGCGAGGAGCCGUGGUGCGCCGGGCCGCUGGGGCGCUUGGAGAGCAACGGCUGGAGCUACUCGGCGCACUGCUCCUUCAAGAUCUUCGAGCGCGACGAGGCCUGGAGCUGCCUGGACGGGCGCUGGCUCUUCAUGUGGGGCGACUCCAACUUCCAGGACACGGUGCGCAACCUGCUGCUCUUCAUACUUGACUGGCAGCUGCCCCCCAAAGCCAACCUGGCCGACUUCCAGCUCGAGCGCAAGUACGAGCAGUUCUUCAUCAACCCGGCGCGGCCCUCGCAGGCCUUCCAGGUCAGCAUGGUGUUCAACGGCGCCAACCAGUACUGGGACAACGGCGAGGGCCUGCACACGCUGGAGCACACCGAGCACCAGGACACCGUCGCGACGCACUUCAAUGGGUCGCGCGCGCCCGAUACCAUCAUCAUGAACUCGGGCCUGCACGACGGCUACAAGGAGAUCGAGGACUACCUGGCCGUCGCGGACUUCGCCGUCCAAUGGUGGGUCGACUUCUACACGUCGCUGCCGGCCGACCGCAAGCCGCAACUCGUCUGGCGCACCACCGUCGCGCCGGCCGGCAAGUCGCGCAACAUGCCCGGCAACCCGCACAAGAUGGAGUCCUACAACCACGUCAUGGUCGAGAAGCUGCGCGCCGAGCGCCACCGCAUGCCCGUCAAGUUCGUCGACGGCUUCGACCUCACCUUCCCGUUCCACUACACCAACGAGUUCAGCGACGGCGGCCACUACGGGCGCGCGCCCGGCGUCGCGCUCCCGCCCUGGCACCGCAAGCCCCACUGGUACUUCGUCGACAUCAUGCUGGCCCACAUCUUCCUCAACGCCAUCUGCCCCGCCACCUGAUCUCCCGUCGCGCGCCUUCACGUCGUCGCGGGCUCCGGUCGCGAUUCUUUCCAUUCGGCUCGACGCCUCGGCUCCUAUGGGGAUCGAGCCGCCGCAGAUCGGCUCGUGCGCCAAUAAGCGUCUUCGGCUCGGGCUCGAUCUGCUGCUGCUCUUCGGACCUCCGAGAGGGGCUGGCUGGCCAUGGCGGGGAGCGAGUUUAGAAGCAGAGAGAUCAGUAUGCUGGCCCGCUGCAGAGAGAGCGUCGGGCCAUGCGAGUUCCCCAGAAAUAGAGAGAGAGAGAGAGAGAUAGUCAAAAUACGAGAUUUGGAGUCGUCGACGAGAAGUCAGAUUUAGGCAGAAAACGGCAAAUGACAACUCGAGUCGUGGGCGGUGGGGUGGGAUGGGACGAAACGGGGUAUUCAGUAUUCAUUCAAUCGACGGAUAAAUUCAUUAGCGGAGUCAAUAGCGGUGUCAAUGUGGAUCCGCGAGUCUGCCCACACCUUGGAGUUGCUAUCGAUUAUUUUUUUUUCCAGCGUCGCUUUCACAUUGAGAGGGCUCUGGCCUCUCCACCGGAGCUCACCGUCGAUCAUCCCUCGCUCACACAGUGCGCUCCGGCGGGGUAGCUAGAAACGAAUUUUUUUAUUUUUUUUAUUAUCCUUUCCCCAAACGAUCCACGGAGAUCCGCCCCUUGCGCUUCCGCUGCCUGGACUUGAGUUGGCGGGUGGAUUGCGCCCGGGGGAGAUGCGGGGCGGCUCCGAGGAGCCCAGCCAGUGCAUGCAGAAUGUCACAUAUAAUCCUCAGCUUGUCUUUAUCUCGGAAAUGUACAUAAUUCAAUUCGCCACUCGUACAAGUGGAAGAAUAAAAGAGCUCCACUUUAUUAUUGUUAUCAU